GGUGAGGGGAUGACGAUACCGGCAGGCUUAUGGGCUGCCUGGAGCGGGUCGAGGAGGAGCCGGCGACGCGGCCUGUAAGGAAAGGCCUCCACACAUAAACCCCGCCCCUUACCGCUCCGGCCCCCCCUCGCCACGCCAGCCAUCUUAAAACUAUGUGGAAAUGGGGCAAUGGUGAUGAUUUAACCCCUAGAUCUGGAGCUCAUGGGAUUUCCCAAGCAGCAAGCAUGUCAGUGGCCGAUUUAACUGAACAGCUGGCUCAAACAGAACAGCUGGUAACACAGCUCAAGGAACUUGUCAAGGAAAAGGAUAAUGAGUUACGCAAUAAACAGCAACAAUUAAAGGAAGAAAAAGAAGCUUCUGAAACUAAGAUUUCUAAAUUAAAACUACAAAACAAAGCCAGAGUAACAUCAUUAACUUCACAAUUAGAGGAACUUAAGAAGCAAAUACCAGGAACUGGAACACAGGAAGGAAAAUCUGAGCAAAAAAGAGUCUGUAAAGAUGGUGAUCGGGACAAUGCUGCUGCAAAUCGUGGAAAAAUAUUGGUACUUAAAAAGAAAGUUGAAGAACUAGAAAUGCAGAAUGCCCAAAAAAAUGAAGAGCUACAGAAAAAGAUUGCUGAAUUAGAUGCUGCACAUCAGCGGGGAGCGGAAAUGGAUGCCAUGCUUGCUGAGAAGCAAAAAAAACUAGCUGAAAAAGAAGCCUACAUAAUUGACUUACAGCUAGCCUGUGGAUCAGCAAAUGAUGCCAAAGAAGUACUAGUCAGUAACAGUGAAUUAAAGAAUCAGCUUUCUGCAAAGGAUACUUCAUUGCAGAGCAUGCAGAUCCUAGUACAAAAUCUUACGAAGAAAGUUGGGGACAGCGAAGAAAGAUGUAGCCUUCUCCAAGAACAAAUUGAAAAUCUUAAAAGCAUUCAGAGCAAAGAGAAGGACCAUUUCCAGGAAAGAGAAGCCAUGUAUACACAAAAUAUCCGUAUGUUUCAGAAUAUUAUUCAGGAAAAAGAAAAAGAGCUGAUGGGAUUGGCCCAGAAACAUGAACAAGAACUCUUUAAGCUGGCUGCCAAAUCUGAUGCUAGUGCUGAUUUAGAACAGUUACUGAAGGCCUUGAAACAGAAGCUACAUGAAAAAGAGGAAGUCAUGCUUGGAAGAACACAGGUGAUUAAUAUGUUGCAGCAAGAACUGGAUGGCAAAGACCAGCAGCUAAAAGAAAUUGAUGAACAAUUGAAACGCCUUCAGUUGGAGAAAGAUAACCUCCAGUCCAAACUGGAUGCGGAAAAGCAUGUAAUGCGAGCUCAACUGAAAGACAUGAUGGAGAAACAUGAGAUCGAAAUGAAAAAAGUCAAAGAGAAACAUAAUGCUGACAUGCAAGAGAUCCAAGAGAAACAUGAAACUGAGCUUCAGGAAAAAGAUCAUACCCUGAUUCAGCUUCAGAAUAAAGUGGCAAAAUUAAGUACCUAUGGACAAAGUGAUUUGGAGCAAACUGUUGAUAUAGAUGCUGUAAUUAAACAAAAGAUGGAACAACUAGAAGCUCAAGCAAAACUGAAAACAGAAGAGGCCAGCAAAUCAGAAGCUAGGUUCCUUAAGAUAAAAGCUUGGUCCAAAUCAAAAAUCAAGCAGCUUGAAGAUGAGCUAAAAAAAGUUACAUCAAAGAAUAAUGAUAUAACUGCCUUACACAAACAGAUUUCAGAAUUGGAACAGGAAAAAGAAGACCUACAGUCUACAUUGCAAUCAUUUUCUGAACUUAAGUCUCAGAAUGAAGAAUUGCUGACUAAACUGGAAGUCUAUGAAGAACAGCAGCGGAAAUUGCAAGCUGAUCUUGAACAAGUUACGAAGAGGGCAGCUUCACAGACUAGUGAAUCCGGCAGCGUGGAUGAACUGCAGAGUCAGCUUUUGGAAUGGCAAGAUCUUAUAACUGAAUCUGAGGAUACACACAAUCAAAUCAGAGAGGAGAAAUCUGCUAUGGCUCUCAGAAUGGCACAAAUUGAAGAGGAGAGAGAAGGACUGAUUGAGGAUGACUGGUUCUUUCCUGGCUGCUCUGAUCCAGCCAUAGUCUCAGGGCAGCAGGAGCUGGAGGAGGAACUGGCCACAGGUCAAAGGACUGGAAGGAUGCAGCCGGAAAGAAGGAAGAGUGUCCAGUCCAGCAGGAAGCUCCAGGGAGAUUAUGGCUUCGAUGGAAAACCUUGCUAUGAAGAGCUGAAUGUCACCUUGGAUAGCACUGAUUCAGCUGAAGGAGAAAAUAUGGGAGGUUGGUGGCCAGAGUACACUUCGCCUAGUGCAGGUUUAAGGACUGUAGUGGAAGAGUUGGAAUUAGAAAGGAAUCAGUUGCAAGAACAAAUUCUCUUCUUGGAGGAACGUUGUCAGGACCUUGAAGAUAGAUUGCAGCUCCAGGGCAGAAUGGAAGCUCUGCAGAAUGAAAAUGACCGUUUGCAGUCCCAGCUCACGCAGCUGCGCAAUCAGCAGGCACGUGAUGCAGAAAAACACCAAGAUUUGGUUUCCAGUUUGAAUGAACAACUUAAAGGAUUGAAUGAAAGAAAUGGUUUGCUUGAAAUUUUGCUUGGAGAGAAAGAACAAAAGCUUUCAAGUAUAGAAGAAAAAGUAGAACGGAUAGAAGACCUGAGAAAUUUACUUCAAGAGAGAGACCUUCUCAACAAGGAACUCAGUGAAAAGCUUUUGCAAACUGAACAGAAGCUGGAAGAUGAUUUGAAGAAGUGCAGUGCAUAUGAAGCAGAGUGUGCAGAACAGAAAAUACUCAUUAGUGACCUUACAGAGAAAAUGGCUGUCUUUAAAGAAAAGACCUUGAAGCAGGAUGCUGCCGUAGAAUUAAUGCGACUGGACCUUGAACAGACGAAUGAAGAACUUGACAGAUUGAACACAAGCCAUCUGGAAGAGAGAUCGCAACUUAUUCAAGAUCUCCAGAGACGUGAAAGAGAAAUUGACAGCCUCAAAGAACUUUUAGCAGAGAAAGACAAAGAAAUUUCUACUAUUGCUUCCAGUAUGACUGAGUAUUCGGAACAGAUUAAUAUUCUGAAAUUCCAGAUCAAGUGUAAAGAAGAUGAAAUGCGAGAUAUGGAAAAUGCACUUUCUAAGGCUGAAAGGGAAGUCCAGUUGCUAAAAGAUGUACAAUCAGCAGAUGUGAAAGAUGCAAGCAUGAAGAUUUCAGAACUUUCUGAGCAAUUAAAUACAAUAGAAUCAGAGUUGGCAAAUGUGAAAGUUAAGAAUGAGGGCAAAACCAAAGAAAAUGAAGAACUGGUCAGGCAAAUCAAAGAGACCAGCAAAACAAUUAAACAACUUCAUUCUGAAAUCAAAACCCGUGAUAUAACACACAACAACAAGCUCAUGGAGUGUGAGUCACAAAUUAAACUUCUUACUGAACAAAUAAGUAAAUCGGCUGAAAAGCUGCAAGAAUCUGAGAAAAAAUGUAGGGAAGAAAUAGAAUAUCUCAAAUCCCAGCUUGAUGAACAUAUCUCUGCAAAGGAGAAACUGAAUAGCUUGCUGAUAGAGAGGGAGAACAAAGAACAACAUUUUGUAAAUGAACUGAAAUCAGUGAAAGACUUAUACAAUCAACUAAUUCUAGAAAGUGCUAAAAAAGAUGAAGAAAUGGCUAAUUUAUCUAGACAGCUUGCAGAAAAUACUGAGCAUCUAGAAAUUGCCAAAAAGUCAUUACAAGAAAAAUCAGAGAUAAUAAAUUCAUUAAAAGGCAACCUUGGAGUUUUGGAGCAGCAAAGAAUAAAGGAAAAACUUCAGUUAGCUGGAGAACUGGACACCAAAGAAAUGAAGUGUAAAGAACUUAAUAAAGAGCUAUAUGAAAAACAAGAAAUAAUUAAUAAGAUGGAAACAGAAAGACAAACGAAUGCCUUAACUAAAACGCAGUUGCAGACAGCUCUUGAGCAAAAAGAAAAAGAUUUUGCGGGUCAGCUUAAAGCUAAUGAAGGUCUUAAAACUGAAUUGCAUACCAUGAAGAAGGAAAAACAACAGCUGAUUAGUGAGAAUGAGAGUUUGUCCAAAUUACUGGAUGUAAAGGAGUGUGAACUAUUGAAGCGUUCCCAAUCCAUGACAGAGAUGGAGAGCAAGAUGUCUGCCAGUGUCAUGGAAUAUGAAAAAAGGCUUUCAGAGGCUAUUUGUGAUAAAGAGACUCUAAGAAACAAGGUUGAAGAAGUCUCAGGUCUAGUAAAGCAAAGAGAAAAUUCAGUUAUGGUGCAGCUGCUGGAGAAGGAAAAGGAAUGCAGUUUAUUAGCCAAUCAGCUCUCCAAAAGCAAGGAGAUGACAAAACAGUUGCAUGAAGAAACAAAAUCAUUUAGCACUCAGCUGAAGGAUGCAAAAGACAGAGAGCUGGAAAAAGAAAUAAUGCUAAAUCAGAAAUUGUCAGAGUAUAAUAAAAUGGUCCAACAGCUCAGUCAAAGAGAAGAAGAGCUAUUGGCAUUACAGAAACAAGUACAAGACGCAGAAAUUGAGCUUAAAGGAACAAGCAAAUCUCUAGAAGAAAAAACCAAGCAUAAUGAUGCCUUACUUAAACAGGUAGAAGAAAAACAAGUAAACAUAACAGUGUUGCAAAAAGAAGUAGAAAGACUUCAAGAUGAUGGCAUACGGUUAUCUCAACAGAGUGAAGAAAAAAAUUCUGUUCUACUAUCUCAAGGGCGAGAGAUUGAGGAUCUUCACCAGCAGGUUACCAAGAAAACUGAAGAGUAUGCAGUGUUAAAUAGUCAACUGACACUAUUAGGGAAAGAAUUGGAUGUUUUGAAAUAUGAAAAAGACAGUGCUUUGUCUAUUUGCAGUGCAAAGUCCAGUGAAUGUGAUUCUCUUCAGCAUCAGUUAACACAGCAUCAGUGUGAAAUUGUAUCAGUGAAACAUGAAGCUCAUAUGUUGAACUUAGAAAAUAAAAAACUGAAAACUGACAUUGAAACAAUCACUGCUACAUUAAUGAAAAAAUGUGAGGAAAUAGUUCCUUUAAAUACAUCAUUGUCUCAGCAGGGUCAUAAUAUUUUUGCCUUAGGAGACCAAUUUGAUAUCCUGAUCACUGAAACAAAAACUUUAAAAAGUAGUUUGCAGGAUAAAGAAGCUCUCCUUUCUCAGAAGGAAACUUUGAUUGAGCAAAUGAAAGAAAAUAAAGAUUCAGGUGAAAAGCAGUAUUUGCAGUUGAUUUCAGAUUUGCAAAGCCAGGUAACGGCUUUAGAUUGUGCAGCUGGUCAGCUUAGGCAGGAAGUGCAAGAAAAAGAAAAAGGAUUGAAAAAGCAAGCCCAAGAGUUAAAAUUGCUUAAAGAUAAAUCGGAGGAGUCAGAUUUGCUUAGAGUUCAACUGUCUGAGAACAUUGAAAUAAUUUCUGACCUUCAGUGUCAGCUUAAAACUAUGACAGAAAAGACAGAAGAAUUAAAUAAGUCAAUUUCACAGAAAGAUGGCCUUUUAAAGCAAAAGGAGGAGGAAUAUGUUGAUUUGCAAGCUCACAUUUCUGAGUCUUCCUUUACACAGCAGAAAUGGGUAGCAUCAUUGAGCUCUGAAGUAGAACAAUUCAAAGCAGUCGCUGCUGAGAAGGAGUUGGCAGUGAAGAAUAUUUCACUGCUUAACAGUCAGCUGAAGACUGAACUUCAAGACAAAGAGAGUGAAUGUGAGAUUUUGAAGAAGCAAGCUACAGAUUUAGAAGAAGUGAACUUGAGUCUAAAAAGGGAAAUAAGUGAUCAGAAAGAAAUAAUAAAUGAUAUUAGCCAGAAACUGACAGAAAAAGAGGGUUCUCUUUCAAAUAGUGCUGAUUUGGUGGUGAAACUAAGAGAGGAAAUAAAAUUAAAUGAAGAUAAAUUGCAGUUAGUUUCUCAACUUCAUAGACAAAUUAGUGAACUGACCCAAGAAAUCCAAAAGUUAAAAGACCUAGCACAGGAAAAAGAAGAUGCUUUCCUAUCUUUGCAGGACAAAUUUGCUGCUCAAUUUGAACAAAGGGAUGAACUCAGUGCUACUCUGAGUAAAAAGGAAGAGUAUAUUGCUGGAUUACUUAAUUCUUUAGAUCAGAAAGACGUAAGCAUGCAACUAGCAGAAAGCAAUGUUCAUGCUCUUACUAAUGAGAUUGAGCUGCUUCAAGAAGAACUAGACAGAAGUGCUGCUACUUUAAAAAAACAUUUGGAAGAGAAGGAUGAAAUCACUGCCAUUGGCCAGAAGACGAUAGACUCUUUGACAGUUGAACUCAAAUCUGCAAAAUCAGAGUACCAGAAAGCAUUGGAGCAAGUUGCCCUGUGGAAGGAAUAUGUGCAACAGAGAGAUGUAGCUCUUCAGGCUUUACAAGAAAAAUGCACUGAGCAGACUAAGAGCAUUGAAUUUUUAAAUUCUGAACUCAGCAUUGCAAAUUCUAAAUUUUCUCAAGAAUGCCACAAACAAACACUUUCAGUAGAAACAUUACAACAGCAGGUAGAGUCUUUACUUAAGGAUAAAACUCUUUUACAGGAGAACAUUGAUAAGCUGAGUGUAGAAAACAAAGAGCUGGUUAAGUAUCAGAGCCAAUUACAGCAGAAAUCAAAAGAACUACAAAAGGUUCAUGACAAAUUAGAAGCCAGCGCAAAUGAAUCACGAACACAACUAGAUGCCGUCAUUUUGCAGAUGAAGAAUGAGAGAGAUCAGUUGCAGAAUCAGGUUAGUGUUAAGGGUGAGGAAGUUGAUGAUUUAAAGUUUAAGGUUAAAGAGCUAGAACAAAGUCUCCUUGAGUCAGAAAACAGAUGGGUGACAGACCUUGAUAGGGCAACUCAGCUAAAUGCAACUAAUAUUGAGCAACUGAGCAAUUUAGAAAGGGAAAUGAAUUCAAAAGAUGCUCAGAUUCAGUCUUUGCAGGAAGAACAGGACCUUAUUAAAAAAGAGCUGUCUGAACAUAUAUCUGCAUUGUCAAGUAACAGGUAUUUCAUCAAAGACAGUGAUAGUGAUCCUGAUCAACAAGUAACUGACAGUAAGACUUUAUUGGACAAUUUCUCUACUCUAAUAGCUAGCAUUCUCAGCAAAGAUGCUGAAGCAAUGGCACUGCAACAGACUCUUUUAGAGAGAGAGAAAGAACUAGAUUACUUGAAAAAUCAGCUGGAAAUUAUGCAGUCCCUGCAGGAAAAAAAGUUGAUGUGUAAUGAUUUUGAGAAGGUCAAAGAUACUCACCGAUCUGAAAUUGAAUGUCUUUCGAAUGAAUUGAGUACUGUUAAGGAGGCAUUAUGCAAGCAGCAGGCUGUCUUUGAAGAAAGGGAAAACACAUUUAUAAAUAUGAAAGAACAGGUUGCUCUUCUCCAAAAAAGGAUACAUACACUGGAGAAUGAACGUGAAAACAGUUGCAAGACAUUGAAUGUUGAAUGUCAGAAAACAGCAAAACUUUUAGAAGAAGUGGAGCACAAAAACCAGAUGCUAGAAGACUUAAAUUCCCAAGCUAACCAAGAGAAGGAUUUGAUUUCCUUUCUAAGCCAGCAGUUAAAAGAGAAGGAUUACUCGGUUACUCAAGUCAUGGAAUCCAUGUCUACUGAAAUGGUAAAAUAUUCAGAAGAGAAGGCUGUACUUGUCACUAAACUGCAGCAACUGGAAUCCAUUCAGAAGAGCGCAACAGAAGAAGCAAGUGUGUUGUCACAGCAGCUCAAAGAAUGUAAGAAAGAACUUGACCACAGUCAGAUUGCACUGACCAACCAAGAAGCUACUCUUAAAGACGUACUUAGUGAAAAGGAACAGAUAAAUGUUACUGUAGUAAAACUAAGCCAGGAAAAAGAGAAUCUGAAAAAGAAGCUCCAGGCUGCUUUGAUCAUAAGGAAGGACUUAAUUCAGAAAAUUGGGAAACUUGAAAAGAGUGGGCAGGAAGAUAUGGAAAGAGAACAUAAAAGAACAGAAGAUUUACUGAAGCAAAUGGAUGAAUUUACAAAACAGAUUAAAUGUACUGAAAUUCAAAACAAAGAUCUUGAAUCCCAGCUUGAAAGACUGAAAAAACAAUUAUUAGGAAAAGAUGUUAAGAUAAAUAACAUGCAUGAAGCAUUAUCUGCUAAGGCAACGUGUCUAGAACAGCUGCAGAAGUCAGUUACAGAACUUAAAGAUACAAUUGCUGAACAAAAAAGUAUAUCUGAUAAGAAUGUAAUGUUUUUGCAGGAGAAAGAUUCUCUGCUUGCGCAAAUGCAUUCUGUGCUCCAUGAGAGAGAACAAACAUAUGAAAUAGAGCAUUCUCAACUUCUCUUAACCAUUGAAAAUCUCAAUGCUGAAAUAGCAAAGAGAGACGAGACAUUUAAUGAAACAAAUACAGCACAUGCUACCUUAAAUACAGAAGACUCUUGCAAUAACACUAAGCAUCUCCCCAGUGAGAGUAAUCAAGUAACGCUAUUGCAAAGAGAGAAGGAAAUCCUGAAAAAGAAACUUCAGGCAUUGCUUAUUGACCGUAAGGAAAGCACUAAAAAAAAUCAGAAAGAGAAAGAAGAACAUGCUAAGCUACUAGCAAAUUUUGAUCAACAAACUAAAGACUUUGAGCUCCUAAAAAAGGAACAUCAAGAACUCCAGGAGAUUCAUCAGAUAAAAUGUGAAGAAUUGGACUCUAACCUUUUGGUUUUAUAUUCUCUGCAGAAAAAGUUAGAGUCCCAUGCAGCUCUUUAUCACAAUGAAAAUGGUAAGCAAAAAGCAGUAGAGUCAGGAGGGCUAAAUGCCAAGACUGAUGUGAUGGUAGAAGAAUCAGAAAAUAUGGGAAGUGACAUAGCGAAGAGAGAAGCUGAGAUGGCAAAAAUCAAUGAUAACUAUGCUAGACUUAUGGAAGAAAAAGAAAAGCUUAAGGGAGAGUUAAGAGAGAAGUCACUUGAACUUGACAGGAAAGUACAAGAUAUAAUAAAACUAAAAAUCUCUGAACAGCACUACAAGCAAGACAAAGACAAUAUGCUGACUGAGAUAGGUCAGCUUCAGCAACAACUGGAAAUAUAUGAAAAUGAACUUGUAGAUGUGAAAACUAUGAUUGAAAGUCUGAAUAAUGAAAAAGACAUUCUCCUUAAAAAAAGUGAUGAAGAUCACUUGAUCAGUCUGGAAGAAAUUGAAAGUCUGAAGCACAAUAUUCAACAAGCCAACAUACAAGUUUCAGAAAAAAAUGAAGAGAUCAAAUAUUUACAUCAUUCUGUUCAAGAACUUAAAGGAAAGUUUGAUCAUGGAAAGGAAAUAAUGAAAGAAGUUUCACAGUUACAACAAAAUUUACAGGAACAUCAGGAAGAAGCAAAACAUUUUAAAACCGUGGUGGAAAAAUUGAGCCAAGAGAAAGAAGAGUUUAUCAGCAAUUUAGAGAAAUCAAAUACAGAAUUAGUAAAUAUGAAAGACGAGUUGAGACAUGCCAGCGAAGAAAACAAGACACUAUUAAUGGAGUUAAACAUGCUACGUGAGAAGGUUUUACCAGUUUCAAAUGCAGACAAAAAUACAUCAUUUUGUGUGAAAACUAGAGGAGAAGAUAACAUGGACACAGAAACUGUGUGGCUGCUGCAUUCAGGUGCUGUGCUACAGAACAAAGUUCAAGACAAAGAUGUAUCUUGUCAGUUGCUAGAUAUCAUGCACACAAGGAGAACAUUAACAGAGAGAACAGCUGAUCAAGAUCAGUCACCAGCAGAAAUGACUCCAGGACAGAUGAGAAAAACCAUAAAUGGAGGUGACUAUAAACUCCAGGAGCAGCCAUAUACUGCUGAAGAAAAAAUCAAAGAAUGUCUUCAAAGAAAGCUCCAGGCUGCUUUAAUAUCACGUAAAGAAGCUCUGAAAGAAAACAAAAUUAUUAAAGGCCAAAUGGACUUGCUUAUGUUGGAAAACAAAGAAUUGGUUGAUAAGGCUCAAAGCCUUGGACAUCUGGUGUCUGAACUGAGCAGAGAAAAACAAGACUCAGAUGCUACAUUGUGUAAAGAGAGGGAGAUACUUGCAACAGAAAAUGCUAGAUUGUUAAUUGAAAAUGAAAAUUUAACUGCUGCAUGUGAAAGUCUGAAGUCUACCAUGGAGACUAUCGUCCAGGAGAAGGAAGCCUUUUCUUUCCAGUUGAAUACCUUAAAAGAUUCUCAGACAGUUGAAUUAACAGAUUGGAAAGCGAAACACAGUGAAUUAAAGCAGGAAUAUGAGUCACUGCUUCAAGCCUAUGAAAACAUUAGUAGUAAAAUAGCAGAAAUGAGGCAAAUUAUUGAUGUCAUUAGAAAAGAGAAGCAAGAGGCUCUUCACAGAGCAAAUCAGAAAGAAUCUGAAAAACAGGAACUUGAGAAGCUGCUUCAAAAAGCAACUGAUGAAAAUGCACACACAAAUGAACUAAAACAGUUAGUUGAAUGUAAACAGAAGGAAAUUAGUCAAUUGCAGAUUAAAGCAGAAAGGCAGGCAUCUGAGCACAAACUAUCUUUGGAAGAAUAUAAAAAAUGUGUUGAUGAAUCUACUCUUGAGAACAGGCAACUAAUAGAGAAAAAUGAGCAAUUAAAAGAAAUUUCUGAUACCUUAAAGCAGACCCUAGAGAAAACUCAGAAGGAAAAUGAGGUCCUUUCUAAGGAUUUUAGUUUAACACAAUCUGCUCUGAGUGAACUCCAAACUCAGCUGGAAUUGGACAAGUCUGAUGUGCAAUCUAAGUUCAGUGGUACGCUCAGUGAGAGAGAGUCAUUAUUAAAGCACAUUCAUUUGUUAAAUGAAGGGAUCUCAGAAAAGGAGAAAAGUGUGCUUACCUUAAAGCAAGAGAACAAAGUUAUGUCAGAAAGGUUAAAAGAUGCUGAAGAAUCUCUAUAUCAGAAAAAAAGCUCAUUGUCAAAAUUAGAAAAUGAUUGUAAAAAUCUUAAUCAGGAAAUAGUAAGUCUUGGGGAGAAAAUUAAGAUAUUAGAAGAUGACAAAUGCCUGUUACAGGAAGAAUUAGAAAAUGUUCAAGAAACAUCUUCUAAAGUGAAGAAUGAGAGAGAAUUUUUGGAGACAGAGUUGCUCAACCACAUUAAAAAAUUGGAUCAAAUGACAGAAAAACUGAAAGCCAUUCAGGUAGAGAACAGCUUGCUUUUGCAGCAGUUGGAAGGCUUAAAAGCAGAGAAAUGUAAUGUGAUUAGAGAAAAAGAACAGCAGCAGCUGCAUCUGGUCAGAGUAUUUGAAGAAAAAGUGAAAUCUGCUCAGAGAGACAACAGUGGAACAAAGAACAAAACUAAAGAAUUGCAAGAACUUUUAAAAGAAAAACAACAAGAGAUCAAUCAUUUGCAAAAAGAUUCAAUUAAAUAGGAGAUUAUCUUGGACUUGGAAAAAUCUGUCAAAUUGUCACUAUCAAAAAGUGAAAAAUAUGAGAGAGAGGUAAACGAUGCAGCAGAGAAACUUACCAAAUCAAAUGAAGAGAUGCGAAAGCUAACUGAAGAGUUCUCUUCUCAGAAAACUUUGUUGGACUUAUCUAAGGCUGAACUAGAACGACUAGCAACUGAGAACCUAAAUAUUAAAAAGGAACUUAAAAAAAGAGAGAACCAAAUAUUAAAUCAAAAGAAAGAAUAUGAGAAGCAACUGGAGUUUGACCUUCAACAUCCACAAACAUUGUGCCAGAAAGAAUGGCUGAAUUUAGAAGAAAAGUAUAGUGCACUUCAAAGAGAGAAACAGAGAAUCCUUGGUGAGCAUGAUCAGUUGCAAAAAGAAAUUUGCAUUAGGGACAAUCAGAUUAAGAAACUUCAGACUGAACUGAACAAUGCCUUAGCCAGACUAGCAGCUUUCUCUAAGUGUAUGUCUUCCCUUCAAAAUGACCGAGACAGGGUCAUUGGUGAAAUGAAAACCUGGGAAAUACAGUUCAGAGAAGCGAUCGAAAACAAACAACGACAGAUAGAGGCUAGUGAUAGUACAAUAACUUUCUUACAAGAAGAAAUAAAGGCAAAAAUGAUUCAAAUUCAAGAACUAGAGCACAGAAGUUCCAUGCUGAAGGACCCUAAGAAUGCAAUGCAGGCCUCUGCAGAUGCACAUUAUUUCAAUGAGCUUUUCCAAAUAAAGGCAGAAAAUGUCAUUCUUCAGACCAAACAGCAUGAACUGGCAACUGCUCUGCUGUCCAAAGAAUAUUCUUUACAGGCACUGAUGAAAGAAAAGCAAUCUCUUAACCAUCUCAUAAAGAGUAAUAAUACUGUAGAAAAAGUGGUGGAGACUUUGAAAAGCACUUUGACACAAAAAGAACAUGAAAUACAACAACUUUUGCUGGAGGGUAGUGAAAUGCAAGCUGAGCUGGAAAAACAAAUUGCCAUUUCUGAACAAGUGAAGAUUAUGCUGGAUAAAAAAGAUAAAGAGAUUUCUCUUUUAAUUUCAUUGAAAGACACAGAAAUUUCUGGAUAUCUUGCUCAAAUACAAGCUCAGCAUAGAAAGCAGGUCACCGAAUAUGAUCAGCAGUUAAAGACUUUGCAGAUAGCAAAAGAACUAUCUGAUGAAUCGUGUCAGAAAAUGCGGAAUGAAUUGAAAAAUCUUCAGAUGAAAGCUGACAAAGCAGUUGAAGAGAGGGCUGAGCUUGCCAGUGAAAUUGAUGCCUUUAAAAAGUCAAUGUCAUCUCUUCAGAAUGACAGAGAUUCUCUGCUUUCUAAACAUAAAAAUCUAGAGCGUGAACAUAGAGUUGUUCUAAGUGAGAAGGAAAACCUUCUAGCUGAUAGCAUUAAUGAAAACAGAACACUGAAACAAGAAAUGAGAAGGCUCCUGAAUCAGAUAGAUGAUCUUCAUUCUGAAAAUGCGCUGCUAACUGCACAACUUAUAAAAUACAGGGAAGAUCUAAACCAGGUUUUAUCUCUGAAAGAUCAUCAGUUGAAAGAAUUACUUGCACAGAAAUUGGAAAACAUUAAGACUCUUGAACAUGAAAAACUUGAACUUCAGAAAAAACUGAAAGAAGUGCAGUUAACUCUGAAAGUGUGGGAAGAAACUGUAGAAUCUUUAAAACUAGAAAAUACAAAGUUAAUGGCAAAAAAUCAUGACUUAGAAUUUCUGAUUGCAUCACUAAACAAAGAGAGACUAGCUUCAGAAUCCAGAGAGAAAUUCCUGAGUGGAGAAAGUGAUAGAUCUGAUCAAAAGAAAGGACUGGUCAAACAACAACCUGAAGAAGAUUUUGAGAAAAGAUUACAAGAAUUCCAGCAAAUGAUUGGCAAGAAUACACAAGAUACUGAAGAUAAGUACCAUACAGCAGUUUCAACUUUAGUAUAUAAACCUAGUUUACUAGAGAAUGAAGCCGCUGAAUCGGCAGAAAAGAGGCUGUUGGAAAUAGAGUUCCAGAAUAAAGUACUAAAAUCUCAAAUUGAAUCUUUUGGGAAAGCUAUGACAGCUCUGCAAGGUGAUAGGGAUCGAUUGAUUGACGACUUCAAGGUACUUCAGAGCAAAUAUACUUCUGAACUCAAGUUGGAAAAAGGAAGAGCAGACAAACUUGAAACUGAACUUGGUGACUUCAAAUCAAAUGUUUUCAGCAUUUUCAAAGAAAAUGCCCUUUUGAAUCGGGCAUUGCUGGAAGCUAAGAACAAGAUCACAGUUGACCAGCUUACUAAUGAACUUGAAAAUGUGUUCAAGAUGUUAAAUACCCGAGGCCUUGAAAUUAGCAGGCUCUCGUCUGAGUGUGAGAAUUAUGCUCAGCAGAUAGAUGCCUUUUCCAAGGCUAUGGCCAGCCUUCAAGAUGACAGAGACAGACUCCUGCAGGAGCUCAGCAAGCUGAGGGUAGUUAAUGAAGCUAAACAGGGCACAAGUUCAAUUGCCAUACCUUCUGGCUACAUCAAUGAGAUUAGUUCUCUUAAGCAUAAUUUGGAGGCUCUUCAGAUGAAUAGGGAGAGACUGGUUAAAGAAGGAGCUAAUCUUGCAACAGCUGAAAUAUCGAAACUAAAAACCAAAGUGGAUGACCUUGAGAGAGUCUUGCAUCAUGCAAAAACCUUCCAAGAAGAGGCUGAGAAAGAGAGAGCCUCAUACCAAAAUGAACUAUCUGGAUUAAGAAUGGAAAAAAAUCUUCUACUGGCAGAAUCUGAAGCUCUCCAGAAUCAGUUCCAGGCAACUAUUGCAGAAAAAGAGCGACAGCUUGUAGAAUUUCAGAGAGUGCCUCGUGAAAUAGUAACUCAGGGAUCUGGAUCUAGCACUUAUCCAACCAAGGGAUUAGAAACUGUUGCUCUUGUUGGAAGCACAGAUGUCCCUGAGCAAGUGAACCAUUUGUUGGCUGAGAGGAGCCAGCUUCAACGUGAGCUCCAGCGCUGCCUUCAGGAGAUGCACCAGAGGGAGCUGCGAUUCCAGGAAAUAAAUUCAAAGAUGAUGCUAUCAGUAGAAGAAAAUACUGCAUUGUCUGCCCAGCUGAAAACUGUGUCCCAGACUUUGCAGGAUAACCAGCUCCGUUAUACUGACCUGCAGAAUCGUUACUUGCGGCUUGAAAGGGAAUAUCAAGUCCAAGUUGCUUCUGUUCCAGGUUCUAUUCAGGGUGAAGCUCAAGCAGAAGUUCCUCCAGGAGCACCCCAAGAGAGAGCUGCAGUUAUUGUUGAGAUAGACAAUAUGGAACUCGAUGAACUCAGGAAAAGACUUGCGGAGACAGAGCUGCAACAUGACUCAGUGCAACAGACUGUAUCUCAAUUAAUGGAAACACUCUCCGAAGAGAGGAGUAGGCGACAAGCUGCAGAAGAGGCCCUGGGGCUCUCCGAGGAGCAAAUUAAAAGGCUUGAAAUGAGUAGUUAUAGGACUACAUCUAGAGAUUAUACUGUUCAGAUGGAGUCUGAUGAGGAAAGAGAGGCUCUGAUCAUCAACACUAGUGAACAUAUUAUAGUACGAAAGGUAAAAGGAGGAGCCCUUUCCUUCAGGAGAUGGAUUCGAGGACGAAGUCUUUACUGCUCCAAGUUGCUGACAUCCAGGGCAAAAUCUCGCUAUUUCUUCCUCAGUUAUUUAGUGGUCCUACAUCUUCUUGUUUUCCUAUGCCUCACGGGCAUCUUAUAAAUGCACUGAACUUGCUGGGUGAAUUAUUUUCCUUCUAAAUAAUGGUGUGCCAAUUUGAGAUAGUGGACUUUUCACAAGCUGCUAUUAUGCUAUGCACUGGACACAGCUGUAUAUAUUUGAAGUAUAAUGUGUGACUUUUCGCCUACUUCUUUAACAAGAACUUUUAAAUGUACAUCACGGUUAUUCCAAAGUUGAUCUGAGUUGCUGUUUAACUAUGGUAUAUUAUAUUUGCUAAAGAAAAAAAUAUUGUCUUAUCAAAACACUACUAAGAAGCUGCUGCAAUUGGGAUAUUUAAUAUACUUUGGGAAUAUAUAAUAAUUGAAUACUGCUGAAUGGGUUGUAAAUGUUAUCUUUUCUAUAUAAAUUUUAUUUUAGCAGAGUUUAACUAUAAAUUUGGGGGAAACUAUUCUCAACUAUUUGCUUUCUCGGCUUCUUGAUUAAUAAGAAGCAUACAGGGUGCAAUACGGGGGGGAAGCUGGAAUCAUUAUGAGUUUCUCAACUUUAAAUAAAAUCUUCAGAAUUGAAAAAACA